CGCACAGCCAAGCCCGCUCGGCGCCGUCGACGACCAGCGGCCUAUUCUUCCCUCGCCUCUUUUGCACUUUCUUCUUCUUUUCCUCCUCGAGAAGAUUCGCAAAAGACUCCAACAAGUGGGCUGACGACGCUGCCGCCGCCUCCUCCUCCUCCUCCUCCCCCCCUCUGUCUCCUGCCACCCUCCUGUCGUUGUCGCGGCAGCACACCAUGGGCGACUCGUUUACGAACCAGCCAGAGUUCUUCGAGGUCGACCUGGGCGAGAGCCUCGUCUCGAGGACAGAGACCCUGGGUGUCUUUCGAGAACUAGGACCGCCCGACCUCUGCCAUACGAUCAAGACGACGGGGAGAACCGGAAGCAAGGAUAUUGGCUCCUACCACUAUGUGUCGGGCGUCGACGCGUCUUCCUCGGCCGCACUCGCCGCCUACAUCAACAGCUUGACCUACGAGCUGGACCAGAACCCGGCGUGGUUCUCGGGCAAAGGUGCAUACAAGCUCAAGAGCGGCGCAUACUGCUGCUUCAAUGCCUUCUCAAGAGUCGAUGUCCGCGUCGAGGUCAGGAUUCCAGGCUCGGUUGAUGCCUACAUCGUCGAUGCGAGGGGCGAGCGGCACGAGACAACGCCCGAGCUCUGGCAAGAGGUCUACCUCUCUGCGCUCCUCCGUGCCAUUCUCUACUCGGACGAUGCGAGCUACAGGCUGGCGGGCUACCGGAAGCUGGACCCCAUCUCGAGCCCAGACGCAGAGCAUCGCUUCUUGCAGGCGGCAGAGAAUCUCUUCUUCAAGGGCUGGCAGCUCGGCUCGGACCCGGAGAUCCAGGUGGCCACUGUCGUCUCGAACCAUCUGACGGCGGGCAUCCUCAAGUACUUUGGCGAGGCACAGCGGUAUGAGCAGGCCGUCAACCUGUUUGAGAAGCUCUAUGCGCGGGAGCCAGAGGUGGCCGCCCUCGUCGCCCAGGCCUACAUCGGCAUGAACGAAGAGAUCAAGGCUGUGCAGAUCAUGCACAACGCCAUCAAGGUCACGCCACAGAGCUACUCGCUGCUGCACGUCCAGACAGACUUCCUCCGAAGCAAGGGCAAGCUCGAGUGGGCGCAAAAGCUGGCCAAGGAGGCCGUCAACUGCGCUCCGAGCGAGUUUUCCACAUGGGCCAAGCUGACAGAGUGCUUCAUUGAUAAAGACCAGUGGGAGUCUGCCCUCUACACGCUCAACUCGUGCCCCAUGUUCACCUACAGCGAGCGAGACCUUCACCGGAUGCCUGCGCCGGCGAGGACACACCUUCCCGUCAAGGCCUUUAUUGCCGAGAGUGGGUUGCUGGACGACGAGAGCGCGCGCGACAACGAGGCCGAUGUUGCCCUGCUUCGGCUGCCCGCCCCUGCGCUCAGAGGCACCUUUGCAAAGGCCUAUGGACUUCUGACGAAGCUCGUGGCCAAGAUUGGGUGGGACGAGCUGCUCAAGUGCCGAUCCUCGGUCUUUGUCAUGGAAGAGGAAUACCGGGCCCAGAAGACGACGACAUCAGAGGUCAACCUGGAUCAAGCUCAAACGACAGACGACGAUGCCGCUUCGACGACGGCGAUUGCCCCUUCGAUUGCGCCCCAAGAAGGCGAGUCGGGUGGCGAUGCACCGGCGGACAGCAAUGGAAACGAAGGGGAGGGAAAGAGAGAGCAGGAGGAGGAACAGGUCCGGUCGGUAGACAGCGCCUUCCCCUCAAGCAGCGGCGACGGCGAGGAGACGAGCGAGAGCGACGGGCUGCACGAGAAGCUCGACAGCCUGGGCAUCUCGUCGCAGGCCAACGCCUCUUCCCAGUCGAUCCCCACCAUCAAGGUCUCGACGGAGUCGGAUCGGGAACGAGAAAAGAGCCAGCUGGAGGAGUUUGUCAAGCAGCAGCAGGAGCACGAGCAGGAGCACAUCAACGGCGCGGCGGCAGCGCAGAGUGGGCCAACGCCCGAUGUCAAGGUCGAGGCACCGCCGUUGGAAAAGCCUGCACAGGCCCAGGCUGGCGGCGGACACGGCAGGACAGACUCUACAGCCACGGCUGGUGCUGGUGCAGCGGCCCUAGCUGAUCAGGGCGGGAAAAUCAACGGGAUCGCCGAGGGCGACAGCUCUGUGCAGUCACAAUCGGGACCGGCCACCUCGAGUGGGUCGGCGUUCAACAAUAAGAGGCUGUGCGAGCGGUGGCUCGACAACCUUUUCAUGGUCCUCUACGAGGACCUCCGCGUGUACACCAUCUGGCGGGCCGAGGUGGCGCACUACAAGGCCCAGUCGCUCCCCUACCGCAAGACGGGCACCGAGUGGGAGAUUCUCGGCGAGCUGGCGCUGCGGUUACAGCACAAGGAGGAGGCCAAGGACGCCUUCCAGCGCUGUGUCGAUGCCAAAUUCUCGGCAAAGGCGUACCUGAAGCUGCUCGAGAUCUACUCGGAGCAGCGCGAUGUCGAGCGGAGCCUCUGGACGGCGAUCCGCUUGACGGCCUACCACCAUCGGUGGUACAUGGAGGGCACGUUCCCGGGCGCCGUCGCCCACCACCUCUACAACCUCAUCGGCGACGUGGGCCUGGCAAAGGUCAACUUUACCCUCGUCUCGAUGAACCCACCCGAGCCCAUCUUGCGGCUGAUGAAAAAUUACUUUGCCUAUGCCCAGGCCUUCAAGGUGCCGGGCUGGGAGUCGUAAGGGGGAAGAAUAGCCUCUUUUGUCACGCUGCCGCUCUGCAAUGUCAUGUUGAGAGGAUGAUGA